AUAGCACUGAAGCUAUCCCCGCCCCCGGGAAAUACACUGUCUUGUUGCUGCUUGAUGACAAAGUCAUCUUGUUCAGACUCAUCGUCUUCUGCAAUGCAAGGGUGUUGAUAACUUCUAGUGCUAAGGGGGGGACUGUUCUUGUCUCCUUGUCCUUGUCUUCUUGCCAAUGGGAGAUGAUCUCAUGACCCAAUCAAGACGGCCACCUUCUUGAAUGAUUCUCGUGCGUAGUUAGCAUCUACCUAAACUGGAUCCAGGCUGUAUAUGAAGUUCCACUUCUUAACUCUUAUGUAUGCCAAAACACUUGAUCUGUACACAUUAUACAUGUUCUUGUCUGAGAUGAAAAUGGAGUAAUUUGUUCCUUCCUCCAUUUCGGUAUAACUAGCUCUUUUUUCGCCUUUAGAUGUUUGUGACAGUUUGCUGCAGCCUGCACUAUGUUUGAGAUGGGAAAGUUUGAGAAGGGAGAUAGGGAGAGGAGGAGGCAGGAGAGGGAGAGACUGAAGCAGGAGAAGAAGUGGAAGAAGAAGAAGGAGAAGAAGAGGAACAAGAGGAAUAGGAAGAAGAACAACAACAACGGGAGUAACGAUGGUGGCUCGUUGCCAAGGUUUGGGGAAUGGGACGAGAGCGAUCCAUCAUCAGCAGACGGUUACAGUGCCAUAUUCGACAUCGUUAGGAAAGAGAAGAACAGUGGGUUUUGUGUCGGGAAUCUGUCAUUCAAGCUGGCUGAUCAGAUCAAAACAAGGAAGAGAGGCAGGCUCCGCCGUUUCCUGAAAUCUUUGAAGAGAUGGUGGAGUUGCUUGUGAAAGAAGCUUGCAGAGGGAGGAACAGUGGAUUAAUCAAUGGCUAGCAAGUUUUGAUGCUGCUUUGUGGUUCUACCGUGCUGUGAUGUUUGGCUAAGAAAGAAGGGAUAUGUGUUGGCAAUAUAUGUUGAUUUUAUUCAUUUCCGGCGACUGGAAAUUCAUGUCUCUAUAUGUCGAUCGAACUUCCGGGUUCGACAUUGGAACAGUUGGGUUGAGUUUGAAGAUGUUCUGUAAUUUUAUUGGCAUUGAGAGGAUCAUGGAAGAGGAGGAUUGAAAUUAGAGUUUGUUCAACGUGUACUACUUGUGUUUAAAGAAAUGGAUAAACGAAUGUGAAUAUAGUAUAGCCCGACUUGCCGUAUCUAUAUGGAAGAUGGUAUUUCAAGUAAGCUAUUAUUGUUUUGCGUUUCCAUAUGUUUUCCUGUUUCUACUUGGUGCGUGAACUGGUUUAAUUUUUGGUUGUUGGAAAGCUAUGGUUAUGAUAUGAACACCACAAUGCCUCUAUUCUUCUCAUGUGGAGAAGCAUGCCCACCUCAACCAUUUUUUCGAAAUGCGUGGACGGGGUAUAAAAUGACUUUAGUGGA